UCCUUAUAAUAAUCGUCUAGCUUCAGAGAGGGCAGUUACUAUGGUAUCUCUGCUAACUGGGGACACUCCUCUCACCAUUGACUUCCAGUUUGAUGAAGUUGAGGCCCCAAUGUCUGCUGCAAUGCCGGAUGCUAGUGAGACAACAACAAGCUUUCCUCGCCAAUUUACCACCAACCAGUUUCCUGUGGUGCCUCUGCCAACUGUGGACAAUCCUCUCCCCACUGACUUCCCGAAUGAACAAGGUUUCAUUGCACCUCCUAGUAGUGGUACUGGUGGACCAUUCAAUUCUCUCUCAGAAAUGCCUAUUUUAUGUGGUGGUGUGUCCUCUGAUCCCAGUGGUGUCGAGAAACAUGACUAUGAUUUUGAGAAAGCUCAGACAAUGCCAUCACAAAUCCACAAUCCUGAUGAUGAUACCUUCCAUGGACCUGCAAUGUCAAGAAUACCUUUGUCUUCUGAUUCAUACCCUCAGAGCAAGGGCAUGGAGGAAGCUGCCACAGAAUUUGGUCAGCUUAAAUCGACUGUUGGAGAACUCAAGACCCAGUUUUUGGAGAUGGAGCGACGGAUUAGGUUUUUGGAGCGAUCUGGGACGAUGGGGCGGGAGAAGCGGGGUCUUGAGCUUUCUGCUGACGGGGAGGAGCAUGGUUCCAAUGCUAAGCGCCAGAAGGCCCCUGCUCUUGCGAGUGUGAUCAUCGAAGCGCUCAAAGUGGAUAGUUUGCAAAAGCUUUGUUCAUCAUUGGAGCCUGUUCUGCGUAGAGUUGUUCGUGGAGAAGUGGAGCGUGGUUUAGCGAAGUUGGGGCCUGCCAUGCUUGGUACCAGGUCUUCUCCUAUACGAAUUGAAGGAUCAGAUGGAAGAAAUCUGCAACUCCAUUUCCGUUCAAGGUUGUCGCUGCCACUUUUUACAGGAGGGAAAGUAAAGGGGGAGCAUGGAGCUUCUUUACAUGUUGUGUUACUAGAUGCGAACACUGGUCAUGUCGUAACAUCAGCACUUGAAUCAUCUGCAAAACUAGAUGUUGUUGUUCUUGAAGGUGAUUUUAACAAUGAAGAUGACUGGACAGAUGAAGACUUUGAAAGUCAUGUAGUCAAAGAACGUGAAGGAAAAAGGCCUCUUUUAACUGGGGAUUUGCAGGUAUCCUUGAAAGAAGGUGUUGGGACGGUUGGGGAACUAACAUUUACUGACAAUUCAAGCUGGAAACAAAGUAGGAAGUUCAGACUUGGUUUGAAAAUUGCUUCAGGCUUCUGUGAGGGAAUUCGUAUCCGCGAAGCGAAGACAGAACCCUUCGCAGUUAAGGAUCACAGAAGCGAAUUGAACAAGAAACACUAUCCUCCUGAUUUGAAGGAUGAUGUCUGGAGACUGGAAAAGAUUGGCAAGGAUGGUUCGUUCCACAAAAGGUUAAAUGAGGCAAAAAUUUAUACAGUAGAAGAUUUUCUACGUCUUGUUGUGAGAGAUUCACAAAAAUUGCGGAAUAUCCUGGGAAGUGGCAUGACAGAUAAGAUGUGGGAGAGCUUAGUGGAGCAUGCGAAGACUUGUGUCCUAAGUGAGAAUUAUUAUGUAUACUAUUCUGAUGAUACAAGGAAUUUUGGUGCUAUAUUCAAUAUUAUCUAUGAAUUCCUUGGCUUCAUUGCUGGUGGGCAAUAUUAUUCAGCUGAAAGCCUCAGUGACAGCCAGAAGGUGUUUGUCGAUACCUUAGUGAAGAAGGCAUAUGACAAUUGGAUGAAUGUUAUAGAAUAUGAUGGGAAGGCCCUUCUAAAUUUCAAGCAGAGUAAGCAAACAACCACUUCACAGAAUGAAGUUUCAUCUGCCCAGGCAAAUUGUUCUGCUUCCUAUGAUCAACAUAAAGUCUCUCAAGCCAGCCCAUCAGUUGAUACAGGAGGAACCAUGGGUGGGGGUGUCAUCUCAAGUAGAUAUGGUGGAAAUCAAUCAGCCCGAUAUUCCACUCAAACUGAGCAUAUGGCACCCAAUGCUCAGUUACAGUAUGAAAGCAGUUCAUAUAAUUUACAGAACCAGUUCAUUGAUUCUUCUCAGCAGGCCCAAAUCACAAGAAAUGAUAGUACCGGCUUGGUAUUGACCCCCUCGCAACAACCUAGCUUGGGUUUCCAAUCCAUGAGUCAGGCCUUACAGCCAUCUAACCUCAAUUCAUACGCUGACUGGACCACCUGUCAAAGAGAUAGCCGUGUUGAUGAUUUACUCUCUGAGGAAGAUAUUCACAUGAUAAGCCGCCAACUGCUAGAGAAUGAAGAUAUGCAGCACUUGCCCCAUGUCCCCAGCAUAGAUAGUGCUGCUAACUUGUCAGAAGAUGGAUUUAGUUUUCCCUCAUUCAUGCCAUCACCAUGCUCUAACUAUAACUUUGAUGAGGAUCGCAACCACACAUCAGGCAAUGCUGUCAUUGGAUGGCGAAUAUUUUUUCAAAAGCAAGUUGCUGAGGAGAGAGCUCAGCUUGAGCUUGUUGAGCUCGAUGAAUGAGAAUCUGUUGUGAAAGAGAGGAAGUUGGCGGGAGAAAGGAGGGCGCCAGAGGAUUUAAUCUCUGGGAGGCACGUGCAGAGGAGCAAGGAUGAUGAUUCAGAUAAUUUGAAGGCUGACGUGGAGGCAUCUUUGCCAGCUGUUCGUCAAAGCAAAAGAAAGAAGAUGCAAAGCACAAGACUCGCCGGUUAUAUUACAGUGUUACACCUCAACAGGAGACGAUGCUAGUGAGAGUUAGUUAUGCUGACGAGGCAGGAGGAAAAGAGUUGAUUGGCCAAGCGAGUCGUCAGUUGGAGAGGACUAUAAAAGGAGAAGAGAAUGAAGGAAUGAAGCAGUGAAGUUGAAGAGAGAUCUGGGCCUGGGUCUGAAUCUCUGGUGAUCUUCUCCGGCGAUCAGCACAGGAGGGAAGAGAUUCCCAACUAUUGUUCUUGUUUUCCAAUUCAUUUCUGCAGAUCUUUGUUCGAUGAUUACUGUUGGAGGUGAUGCAGAACUAGAACUUGUUGAUUAUUUGGAUCCUUUUAUCUGAGGGUGUGGUUUUUCAGUGUCAGACCUCCAAAGAAGAGCUGGAAGAAUAUUGCCAACCUAUCUGGUGGA